CAUUGAUGAAUUGGAAGGAAAACAUGAUGUUCCAUCUAAGGGAAUCAAAAUGAGAGAUCUUGGUUCUGUCAUCCGCUCCCAGGAAAUCAAUGGUCAGAAUUCAAAUCUAUGAAAAGAAAAGAUUCUAAUCAGCAAUGGCAGUUUAGUGGAGCAGCAGUAUCUCAAGUUACUGAGGUUCCAGUAACCUUCAAUUUUGAUGGUUCUCAAGUUGAAAGAAAUAAAGGGGAAAAGGUAUCUCCAAUGGCUCAUUCUAACUGUCCGCCUCUUGAUCUUAACUCUGACAUCCCAGUCAACGAAUCCUGUGAUAAUAACCCCGAAUUCAACGAAAAUUUUGACGAACCUUGUUCACAAGAGAGUAAUUGUCUACCCUUGAAAGGCAUUAACUUGGAUCUGAAUGUGAAAGAUGUUUCUAGCUCGAUAAACCAUGAACCAAUUCGUCACAAACAUAUCAAGAAUAUGAAACCAAAGGAUGUUUCAGAGUGUGGAAGUUCUAUUGGUCCAGUCAAGGAGAAAGACUCGUUACGAGUUUGGAAAGAAAUGAAGCAAAAAGGUUUUCUUUCUUCUUCUCAUGGGGGUAUAUCAAUGCAACGUGGUUUGCUUUCAUCUUAUCAUGGACCUAUGCCUAUGAAAAAUGAUUUACUGCCAUCUCAUGGGGGAAUACCCGUGCCCAAGCAACGUGGGAGGAAAAGUAAGAAUGAUAUGCUCAAGAAGAAGAUGGAUCUUGCAAAGAAAGAACAGGUAGACAGGUUCACAAAAAUUGCUGCCCCAAGCGGACUGCUCAAUGGAUUAAACCCUGGAAUUAUAAAUCAUGUUAGAAAUCGAAAACAGGUCCAUUCCAUAAUAGAAGCCUUAGUGAAGUCUGAAAAACAUGAAAAUUUGCAUUCUGAAAGCAAGCAGGCAAGUCAUGUCAAAAGUGGAACCAGAGAUGAUGAUGGUAAGAGGGAUCGUGGAAAUAUGGAUGACACAGGAUUUCAUCAUCUCAGUUGUUUCCAUGAAGAUGGACCUCCAAAUAUUAUGAAUACGAACAAGAAAGCAAUAGGUUAUCCAGUGCCAAUGUCUCAGCCAUUUUCUUCAGUUUCAGAGGAAAGGAGUGGAGAUGGUGAUUCAAGCAUGGUGGAACCAAUCAGUGAGGAUGAUGCAUUAGAACUGAAGUUAUCAUCAUCAACUAAGGUAUCUGAGAAUGUUAACCCUUUGUCUAAUGAGGAAUCAACGAACUUCACGAGUGCCUCUUCUCUUUCUGUUAAAGCUGCCACUGUUGCAUCUCAAUGGUUGGAACUUCUUCAGCAAGACAUUAAAGGACGUCUUUCAGCAUUGCGACGUAGCAAGAAGAAAGUGCGAGCUGUAAUUACCACAGAAUUACCUUUUUUAAUAUCAAAAGAAUUCUCUUCUAACAAAGGGGGUGAUCCUAAUAUUGUAAUAUCUUCUGCUGAUGGGUUUUCGCACACUGCUACUGCCGAGAUGCAUAUAGCAAGAUGGAGUGCACUGUUUGAUCAGAUGGAUAAAGCUCUUUCUGAAGAAGAGAAACAGCUUGAAAUCUGGUCGAACCAAAUAAAAGGGAUGCAACUACAUUGCGAUCAGGGCUUGCAGCAUAUACAUUGGAAUUUGCUUUAUGGUUUGCCACAACUAGGAGCAUCAGAAAAUAAUAUCAGAUCAGCAAUGGGGGAUAGCUUUGACAGGGAAUUGGCUGUCAGGGCAGCCGCGGCUUCCAUUUAUUCGACUUGUGAUUUUAUGUCGUCGAAGGAGAACGUAGCAUGUCCGCUAGUCUGAUUUAACUUUGGAUUGAUCUUUCUUUAUCUGUCCUACAAACAUUUAUGUUCAUCAUGCAAAGUAGUUAUCAGAUUGAUUUUGGCCUUUCUGGGUUGUGAAUUUCUAAAACACUGGAAGCCUAGAACUGUGUUCUUUCUUUCAAUUUUAUUGUAAGCCUUCAGAGCACAGGGGCAGAACUUGAUGUUAGGAUUCUAA